AGUACUCUUCCGCAAAAAAAACUCAAACUUCUGAGCUAACGAAUCAUCGUCACAUGCAUCACAACUGUAGAAGGUCUUUCUAUCUAGAUGUUUCUUCCUGGAGAAGGAAGACCACACAUGUAUGUUUCUCUUCAAUUGAAUACUCUCUUGCUGUCUCGCCCUUCUCAUCUUCCCCCGCUUUCCCCCUCGUUUUCACUAGUAUCCAGCACACCACCUCUAAAGGGAAGAGAACGGCAGUUCACGCAUCCACGAUGGCCAAGUUAGAACAGCGCAAACUCCAAAAGCCGCGGGGUGAGCCGAAGCACAAGCUAGACUCCCUCAAGGUGAAGUCGAGCGGUAAGAAGAAGUGGGAGAAGAAGAUGCAAGAGAAGGAGCGCGUCCAGCGCGUGCGCAACCUCUCGCAGAAGCUGAAGGAUGACAUCAACGCUGAGCAGAAGCGCGCCGCGGAGGCACGCAAGGCCAACCAUCAGCGCAAGGUCGAGAACGAGAAGAAGAACAUGGUGGUGCAGACGAUCAAGAACGAAAAGGCGAUUCGUAAGCUGAGUCCUAAGCACCGCCGCGCGGCUCGCAUUUACAUGCUCCACGAGCUCAACUAA